AUGGCUUGCAUGGAACUUCUUUACCUGGCUGAGGAGAGCAGGCAGGUGCCUCUGGGCACCUCUACCAGCUGGAGCCUGCCCUCCCCUCCCUACCAGCAGCAGCAGUGUGAGGGGGGUGAGGUGGACCUCAGAGCAGCCACUGCUGUGGCAGCCCUGUGCUGCGAAAGGCACUGCAAGCCCUCGCAGAGGGGCUCUGUGGCUGAGGCCCCCCUGGCACCCCAGCCCUCCCCACCAGGCACCUCGCCCCAAGAGCACCCUGCACCCUUCAGCACCUCCCAGCCCUGCCGACUGCCAGAGCGCUUGCCUGAGGGAGAGGAUGGUGGGGGGAAGAAAGCCUGCUGCUGUGCCCAGGAACUUGAGACAUCGUUCACCUACGUGGAUGAAAACGUAAACCUGGAGCAUGCAAGAAGUGUCUCCAGUCCUGCAGGCGGCGACUGCCAGGAUGCCCCUCUGCAGCAGCACUCCUGCAGGGAGCUGCCGCCCGAGUGGGCACAUGAUUCUCCUUCCCUGGUCUCCGAGGAGGAUGACGCUGCCUCAGAGGCAGCGGCUGGGAAAUCCGUGGACUACGGGUUCAUUAGUGCCAUUUUGUUCUUGGUUAGUGGCAUUUUGCUGGUAAUCAUUUCCUACGUGGUACCCAGAGACGUGACUGUGGAUCCUAACACUGUGGCUGCUCGUGAGAUGGAGAGGCUAGAGAAUGAGAGCGCAAGGAUCGGGGCUCACUUGGACCGCUGUGUUAUCGCCGGGUUGUGUCUCUUAACCCUGGGGGGAGUGGUGCUCUCCAGCCUGCUCAUGAUGUCCAUGUGGAAAGGGGAGCUCUACCGGAGAAGCAGGUUUGCAUCCUCCAAGGAGUCUGCAAAGCUCUAUGGGUCUUUCAAUUUCAGAAUGAAGUCUGGUGGAAACGAUAACAUGCUUGAGCUGUCGUUGGUCGAGGAAGAUGUUCUUGCCGUAGAUAAUUAGCGUGGUCAUGAUUUUUAAGGCAGCAUUUCCACAGGAAAAAAUGUAUCAUCAAAGAAAACAGAUGUGGCUAAAGAUAGCUGGUGAUGCAGUUUAUUUGUCUGAAAAGAAUGUUUUUUUCUUAAGAUCUAUAAUCGAAUGUUUGCAGUAUAUGGGCACUUGUUGUAAAGGGAAAAUGUGGCAGAGAAAAUGCAACUGAUAUAAAAUAAUGAAAACCACUGAAUAAAAAAGAGAUUUAUGAUAA